CACCCCGUAUGUAGCCUGCCCGGGCACAGGACUGCGUCAGAAGGAGACAGGAGAGGAAUGGCCUUCUCCCUUUGAACGGGAUGCUUGCGAAGGCCACAGUCAUGGGACCAUCUGCCUGGAGCACUGUCAGCACCAAUCAGCUUUCUUAAGAGGAGUUUUUCAUUUUCUCACGCAUUGACUGUCCUGUUCUCAGUCAUGGCUGUAAACAAGGAUAGAGGCUGCUCUGGUGGGACUCCUCUGGCUCAUGUAAAUGGCUUCCCCCCUGCUGUAUACCCCUUCCCUUUCCCUAACCCACAUUUCGAGGUGCUGACCAAUGGAGGUUACUUCCGGAGCUACCCUACCGACCUGCCGAAGGAAAUGGCAUCACUGUCAGUGGAGACCCAGAGUACAAGUUCUGAGGAGAUGGUGCCCAGCUCCCCUUCUCCACCCCCACCCCCACGGGUCUAUAAGCCGUGUUUUGUCUGCAAUGACAAGUCCUCUGGCUACCAUUAUGGGGUCAGCUCCUGCGAGGGCUGCAAGGGCUUCUUUCGCCGAAGUAUUCAGAAAAACAUGGUCUACACCUGCCACCGAGACAAGAACUGUCAGAUUAACAAGGUUACUCGCAACCGCUGCCAGUAUUGUCGCCUACAGAAGUGCUUUGAGGUUGGCAUGUCCAAAGAAGCUGUGAGGAAUGACCGCAAUAAGAAGAAAAAGGAUGUGAAAGAGGAAGUGGUGGUAGAUAGCUAUGAAAUGACACCUGAACUGGAAGAGCUCAUCCAGAAGGUCAGCAAAGCUCAUCAGGAAACCUUCCCAUCUCUUUGCCAGUUGGGCAAAUACACCACGAACUCCAGUGCUGAUCACCGAGUACAGCUGGACCUGGGACUAUGGGACAAAUUCAGCGAACUGGCCACCAAAUGCAUCAUCAAGAUAGUAGAGUUUGCCAAACGCCUACCCGGCUUUACCACCCUCAGCAUUGCUGACCAAAUUACUUUGCUGAAGGCAGCGUGCUUGGACAUCCUGAUGCUCCGUAUUUGUAUCCGCUACACUCCAGAACAAGACACGAUGACCUUCUCAGAUGGGCUGACUUUGAACCGUACCCAGAUGCAUAAUGCUGGCUUUGGGCCCCUCACUGACUUGGUUUUUGCCUUUGCUGGGCAGUUGCUUCCCCUCGAAAUGGAUGACACCGAGACAGGCCUGCUCAGCGCGAUCUGCCUCAUCUGUGGAGAUCGAAUGGACCUGGAAGAACCGGAAAAGGUAGAUAAGUUACAGGAACCGUUGCUGGAAGCACUGAAGAUUUAUGCGCGCCGACGUCGGCCCAACAAGCCUUACAUGUUUCCCCGCAUGCUAAUGAAAAUUACUGACCUGCGGGGGAUCAGUACCAAAGGUGCUGAACGGGCCAUCACCUUGAAGAUGGAGAUCCCUGGUCCCAUGCCACCACUCAUCCGAGAGAUGCUGGAAAAUCCUGAAAUGUUUGAAGAUGAGCUGUCACAACCUCCAACUUCGGCAGAAGCCCCGAGCACUGAGGAGAGCCCAGCUGACACCAAAAGCCCAGAGGAGGCCCCCUAGCACCUCAAAAGAAAGCCUGGAUCUAG